CUCAAUCUGUCUGCGCUUUAUUCUGUUCAAAUAUGAUACUUCGAUGUUGCAGAGACCGAGGCUGCUUGCUUUAGAGAGAGAGAGAGAAGCAGCUCAGCUCAGCCCAGCUCUGCUUAUUAAGCUUUCUCUCUCUUUAUGUCUGCCGCAUUGUCUUGUUUCCUCUUCUUCCAUCCAUCGCCUAAGAAUCUCAUCUCACUUCCACGCAUUAAAGUGCUCUCUCCUCUCUCUCUCUCUCUCUCUCUCUCUCUCUCUGUGUGUCUGUGUGGUCUUUUGGGGGCUUCAUAUUUGAUGGGGUUUCCGCUCUUUUGUCUUGUGUGCUCUCUCCUUAACCAUCGCCAUUAGCUCCAUUAAGCUCAGACCCCCCAAGAAACCCCGCCAUUUCCCUUCCCCUGCUUCCCUCAUUUUGGCCCCUUUCGAUUCCUCUGAAGAACCGGGUCUUGUUCUUGGGGAGGGAUCCCGUGAUGGGGUUCUGUUCUUUAGCUGUCUGAUUCGAUUUCAAUCGCAAAGCACCAAAACGAAAGGGGGGAGAAAAAAAAAAAAAGAGCCUGGAGCCGAGGGGGUGAAACAGAGCCGGGUUGGAACAAUGACAGAUGGAAACUCCAAGAAAAGCAAGCUAUCAUGGUCGAAGAAGAUGGUCAGGAAGCUGUUCAACAUCAAGAGCAAAGCCGAGGAUUUCCAGGCGGAUGAAGUUGUUUAUGGAGGCGGCGAAGCUGAAUUUCGCUCUAGCUUCUCCGGAAGAGAGCCUUCCACAACCAAGAAAAUCAGAACAGAGAAAUUCAACAAGAGCGCCGGGCAUAUGCGCAGGAGGAGAAUGAAUCUCGAUAACCCGCGUAUCAUAGAUGUGCAGAAUCACAGCAUUUUUGUGGCUACGUGGAACGUCGCCGGAAGAUCCCCACCCCACAAUCUCAACGUAGAUGAGUGGCUGCAUUCAUCCCCACCUGCAGAUAUUUAUGUUCUUGGAUUUCAAGAGAUAGUUCCUCUGAAUGCUGGUAACAUUCUCGGGUCCGAAGACAGUGGUCCCGCCAAGAAAUGGCUGGCCCUUAUUCGGAAGACUCUCAACAACCUCCCUGGAACAAGUGGGGGAAGUGGGGCCUACACACCAUCUCCUAUCCCUCGGCCUGUUGUGGAAAACAAUGCAGAUUUCGAGGGUUCGAUGAGACGAAAGGCCUCGGCUUUCUUCCACCGCCGCUCCUUCCAAACGACCCGAAGCUGGGGGAUUGAGAAUGACCCUCCAAUCGGUCAGCCAAGGCUUGAUCGACGGUUCAGUGUCUGUGAUAGGGUGAUAUUUGGCCACAGGCAAAGCGAUUGUGGUGACCGGAGCUUUAGGUGGGCCCACAGGCCGAGUGAUUACUCAAGGCCGAGUGAUUACUCAAGGCCGAGUGACUAUGACCAGUGUCAUAGGUACAGUUACCACAGGCCAAGCAAUUAUUCCAGAGCCAGCGACUAUUCUAGGCCUAGUGACUACGAUCCAAAUUACAGAUAUGGCCACAGGCCAAGUGACUGUUCUAGGCCAAGUGACUAUUACUCUAGGGCGAGCGACUACUCUAGGCCAAGUGACUACUCGAGAUGGGGCUCUUCUGAUGACGAUAACGGGCUUGGGGAUUCUCCAAGCACCGUUUUAUACUCUCCAAUGUCAUGCAGUGGGUCCACAUCCUUUGAGGAAGGGAACAGAGUACGGGGGAAUUCAAGGUACUGCUUAGUUGCGAGCAAGCAGAUGGUCGGGAUCUUUCUGACUGUGUGGGUAAGGAGUGAGCUAAGGGACCAUGUAAGGAACAUGAAGGUGUCCUGUGUUGGUCGAGGACUGAUGGGCUACCUCGGAAACAAGGGAUCAAUCUCGAUCAGCAUGUUGCUGCACCAGACCAGCUUUUGCUUCAUCUGCAGUCACCUAACCUCGGGACAGAAAGAAGGAGAUGAGUUGAGGAGGAACGCCGAUGUAAUGGAGAUACUUAAGAAGACGAGGUUCCCAAAGGUCAAUGGAGAAGCCAAUGACAAGUCCCCUGAAACAAUUCUUCAGCAUGAUCGAAUUAUUUGGCUCGGGGAUUUGAAUUACCGAAUUGCGUUAUCAUAUCGAUCCGCAAAGGCCCUUGUGGAGAUGCAAAACUGGAGAGCGCUAUUGGAAAAUGACCAGUUACGGAGAGAGCAGAAUCUCGGACGAGUGUUUGUGGGCUGGAAUGAGGGGAAAAUUUAUUUCCCGCCCACUUACAAGUACUCAACUAAUUCAGACCGAUAUGCCGGUGGUGAUAUGCACCCAAAAGAAAAGAGACGUACACCUGCUUGGUGCGAUAGAAUUUUAUGGUAUGGCGAGGGCCUCCAUCAAUUAUCAUAUGUCAGGGGGGAAUCUAAGUUCUCUGACCAUAGACCGGUUUAUGGAUUUUUCUGGGCUGAGGUUGAGUCAAGCCAAACCCGAAUGAAGAAGAGUAUGAGCUAUUCCAGUUCAAGAGUUCAGGUCGAGGAGCUCCUCCCAUAUUCUCAUGGGUAUACCGAACUAAACUUCUUCUGAAGGCAAAGGAACAUCAAUUCACCCACUUGGGCUGUCGAUAUUUGCUUGAUAGUUGCGAGGAACUUCUGCAGAUGUGGUCAUAGUUUGGAUUCUCUCUGUCAAUCAGGGGCUCCUGCUUGUUUACUUGGAAAUUUUGUCCCCAGUUUGCAAGGAGGAAUCACUUUGCAGAAAGCCCCCAUUGAAGAGGAACCAUUGAUAGAGACGAUUCCAUUGCCCACCAACUGUAUAAGGCAUGAAGAUUUGUGUUUGCUAACCCAGUUAACCCACCCACAAGCUUCUACAUCUCAACAGCUCCAUGAUGAUUCACUGACCCAAGUUAACAAUCAUUAGGAAACAUUGACCCAAUUGAGGAUUCUUGCAAAGGUGUAGGGAGAUGAAGAACAUGAAGAAGAAGGAGAUUAUUUUAUUCAUUGUAUUCAUUGCUUGCUUAGGGCAUAUUCUUUUUGUGAAUGGCUGCAAAAAGAAAAGGAGAUCAAUCAUGCUUUGAUGGCUUCCCCCAUUUCUUUAUUUUUAAAUACAUAAAAUAGAAAGAAGAUAUCUGUAAAACUCAUCAUCAAUAGUGAAAGAGAAGUUGAAGAGGUUUUUUUUUUUUUUGCUUUUUUUUCCUCUGUAUGUGUGCUGUCUUAUUGUCUAUGAUUAUACUGAAAAGGCAGUUUUUCUUGGUUA